AUGAAGCUCUUUUGUUUAGUUUUGCACCUCUUCUUAUUAUUCGUCUCCACAACUUCUCUUGCCGCCAAUUCUUCGGACUCAGUUUACCAAAACUUUCUCCAAUGUUUCACAAACCAAACACAAACUCCUCCUAACUCAUUAUCCGACGUUGUUCUACCGCAAACCGCUGCCGCUUUCACCCCGACCUUACGCGCUUACAUCCGAAAUGCGCGUUUCAACACUUCCGCAACGCCAAAACCAGCGAUUGUAAUCGCGGCGCGUUCCGAGGCUCAUGUCCAAGCCGCAGUACUAUGCACCAAAUCGCUAAACUUUCAACUAAAAACUCGAAGCGGAGGUCAUGACUACGAAGGAGUUUCUUACCUCGCUCACGUUCCUUUCUUCGUUCUCGACAUGUCAAACCUCCGUAACAUCACCGUCGAAGGCGAAUUCGCCUGGGUCGGAGCUGGUGCCACGCUCGGUGAGGUUUACUACAGGAUUUGGGAAAAAACCAAAAGCCACGGAUUUCCCGCCGGAGUUUGUCCCACGGUCGGUGCUGGAGGUCACAUUAGCGGUGGUGGUUAUGGAAACAUGAUCAGAAAGUACGGACUUUCGGUUGAUUAUGUUAUCGACGCCAAAGUCGUAGAUGUUAACGGACGGAUUCUUGAUCGGAAAUCAAUGGGAGAAGAUCUCUUUUGGGCGAUUAGAGGCGGAGGUGGCGCGAGCUUUGGCGUGAUCUUAGCUUUCAGAAUCAAACUCGUCCCGGUUCCACCAACUGUUACCGUUUUCAGAGUAGAGAAAAACUUGAACGAAAAUGCUAUCGACAUGGUCCAUAAAUGGCAAUUCGUUGCUCCCAAGACCGAUCCAGGUCUGUUCAUGAGGCUAUUGUUACAGCCAGUGACUCGAAAAGGAAACCAGACUGUUCGAGCAUCGGUGGUGGCUCUGUUUCUUGGGAACUCGAACGAUGUCAUGUCUCUGCUAACUAAAGAUUUCCCAGAGCUUGGCCUGAAGAAGGAGAAUUGUACGGAACUUACAUGGAUACAGUCAGUGUUGUGGUGGGCGAAUAACGAUAAUGCUACACAGGUUAAACCUGAGAUUCUACUGGAACGAAACCCGGAUACCGCUUCAUUCCUGAAACGGAAAUCGGAUUUCGUUGAGAAAGAGAUCACUAAAGAGGGGUUGGAUUUCUUGGUAAAGAAAAUGAUCGAGGUUGGGAAAAUCGGUUUAGUGUUUAAUCCAUACGGAGGGAUAAUGAACCAAGUAGCUACAACGGCGACUCCAUUCCCGCACAGGAAGAAGCUUUACAAAAUCCAGCAUUCGAUGAACUGGAAAGAUCCGGGAACCGAAGCAGAAAGCAGUUUCUUACAACAGACGAGAAGCUUCUAUAGCUACAUGGCUCCUUUUGUGACCAAGAACCCUAGACAUGCGUACAUCAACUACAGGGAUCUGGAUAUUGGAGUUAAUAGCCAUGGCCCAAAUAGCUACAGAGAAGCCGAGGUUUACGGGAGGAAGUAUUAUGGAGRRAAUUUUGAUCGGCUGGUGAAAGUGAAAACUGCCGUGGAUCCACAAAACUUCUUCAGAGACGAACAGAGUAUACCUACCUUGCCUAACCAGCCACCUAAACUUUAG